GUUUUUUAAUUGAAGUCAAUUGAAAACAAUCAACAACAAAAAGCGUUAUCAACAUAUCGUGUGACAACGUAGAUAACAGACGAGUUUUCUCUAAUACCUACUGGAUUUUGAGGGUAAUCACCUAGUGGCCAACGACAAAAAUGUUUCGAGCCGUAAAUAGUUUUAACAGAAUCCUAAUGGCGAAUGGUAUGCGCAAUUUUUCUGCACUUGUGCAGACCAAGGCGCUGGUCAAUGGCAAUUGGGUAAAUUCCAGCAAUAAUGAUGUGUUCGAAGUGAAAAAUCCAGCUAACGGAGAGGUGAUUGGUCAAGUGCCGAACAUGACAGUCGCAGACGCACAGGAGGCAAUUUGUGCCGCCAAACAGGCAUUCGAGUCCAAGGAGUGGCGAUCUAUGACUGCGAAGGAUCGUUCCAAUCUCUUAAAAAAGUGGCAUAAGCUUAUCGAGCAGCAUACAGACGAAAUUGCAGAGAUAAUGACAGCUGAGUCUGGAAAGCCCAUCAACGAAUCCAAAGGGGAAGUUAUGUAUGGGAAUGCGUUUGUGGAAUGGUUUGCUGAAGAGGCGCGCCGCAUUUAUGGCGAGAUUGUCCCCAGCGGAGCGCCCAAUCGCGAGAUUAUUGUUAUGAAGCAGCCUAUCGGCGUAGCUGCACUGAUUACGCCAUGGAAUUUUCCCAUGGCAAUGAUAACGCGCAAGGCUGGCGCUGCACUGGCUGCCGGCUGCACAGUUGUUGUUAAACCAUCUGAGGAUACGCCGCUGACAGCGCUAGCCGUUGCCAAGCUAGCAGAGGACGCGGGCAUACCAAAAGGAGUCAUUAAUGUGAUUACAACCAAUAAGGCAGCCCCCAUUGGAGAUUUGUUUUGCAAGAGUCCCGAUGUGCGGGGUAUAUCAUUCACCGGGUCUACAGAAGUGGGUAAACUGCUUUUCCGCAAUGCGGCAGAUGGCAUCAAGCGUGUGUGCUUGGAGCUUGGCGGCAAUGCGCCCUUCAUUGUUUUUGAUACCGCGAACGUGGAGAAAGCUGUGGACGGUGCGAUGGCUUCCAAGUUUCGCAAUUGCGGACAGACAUGUGUCUCGGCUAAUCGCUUCUUCGUGCAGGAGGGUGUUUACGACAAGUUUGUGUCUCAGCUGAAGCAACGUGUAGAAGCGCUAAAGGUCGGACAAGGUCAGUCGUGUGAUGUCCAGAUCGGCCCUCUUAUCAACAAGAUGCAAUUCGAUAAAGUCAGCGCGUUUGUAGAGGAUGCACGUAGCAAGAGUGCUAAUAUAAUUUCGGGUGGCAAAAAUAUACCAGAGCUGGGUUCACUAUUUUAUGCACCCACUAUUAUCACGGAUGUGCCACCUACCGCGAAGCUCUACACUGAGGAGGUAUUCGGCCCUGUUGCCUCUAUUAUUAAAUUCAAGGACGAAGCAGAAGCGAUACAGAAAGCCAACGAUACACGACGUGGACUUGCUGGUUACUUUUAUAGCGAUAACCUGCAGCAGGUGUUCCGUGUGGCUAAGCGCAUGGAAGUCGGCAUGGUUGGCGUCAACGAGGGCAUAAUAUCGGCAGUAGAAGCACCAUUUGGCGGAGUCAAAGAGUCAGGCGUGGGACGCGAGGGCUCACGCCAUGGCAUUGAUGACUACGUGGACAUUAAGUAUAUAUGCAUGGGUAAUCUCAAAUACGAUUGAAAUACCUACAAUGUCACUAAAAUAUGUUCAAUUUGCAGUCUUCCAAAUAUGCUUGUUGUCUGUUAAAAAAAAUCUAGCUAGCUUAUACGCACUACACAAAAAUAAAUUUUAAAAAAAUAUACACAAUGUGAAU